AUCUCAGAGCAGACGGCCCACGAAAACUUAAAAAGUCACGGGAACAGUAUUCCUGACUCGCCUUCAGCAAGUCAGCGAAUCCCGAUUGCACCACCUCCGCUGGUCCCUGCGCUGCGCCGCUCUCCGUCUCCGCGGCCUUGAGAGCUUCUCCAUCGCUGCUAGCACCUAGCAGGACCGACGCCUUUUCUCUUUCCUCAUUACUGCCUCUAUCUCUCUCUUUCUCUCUCUCCGUGGCCAUUUGCCACUGUUUCUCCUGUUCUUUCCAGUUACCGCUUUUUCGAGCUACUAGCAACAGUGUUGAGCUCAGUUAUUCUGUCAUCAGCUCGCAGCAAAGCCUCGUGCAGUCGUGCUGCUUGUUGCAUCAGAGCUUAGAGAGAGAGAGAGUGGCUUGAGGUCUGUUGCUGUAGCAAGUUGCAGGUGGUAGCAAGGGGAGCCUUCGAUCCGCUUGCAGCGGCCGGCCUUCCACUGCCGGAGCUUCCCAAUCGGCGGCCAGCCUCCUCCGCUUCUAGUUCUAUCCAAGAAGCUAGCGCUUCCACUUUUUUUUCUUGGGAAAUAAAGCUUCGCCUCUUUUCCCUCCCUCAUCCGUUUGUUCCCUUCCCCCAAGAAGCUUGGAGCUAGCUAGCCGCCAGCGCCGUCGCGGCCCACCACUCGCGGAGCUCGGCGGAGGCUCUCGGUAGCAGUAGCACGCGCGCUGUCCGGAGCUCCAGGCAUGACGGCAUUACGGCGUCUUGGCACGGCGGUGGACGGAAAUUUCCAGGGGCCUGCCGCCGGCGGGAUGGUGCCGCCGUCCCCGCGCCUCCUCGCCCCGAACGGCAGCGCGCCCAGGUCCCCCGCGGCGAGCCGCCGGGAGGAGGCGGCAGCGGCCAGCGGCGGAGGCGGCCCUGGCCUCGCCCCGCUCCGUCCCACUCCCGCCAAGCCGCCGCUCGGGAGCGGUAAGAUUCAGAAGCGGGCCGGCGGCAAGCCCAGGAAGCGGGCGCCGCUCUGGCAGGCUGCUCUCUUCGUCUCCGUCGCCAUACACGCCGGGCUCUUCGUCCUCCACCCCUACGUCAACAGCGCAGCUCCUCCGCACCGCCACCACCACCCCCAGGAGCCCCAGGCCUGCCUGACGCAUCCAGAAGCUGCAGGCAGCGACGGCGGCAGGAGAAGGGCGACGCAGGAGAAGGCCUGGGCGGCCGGGGCUCCGUCGACGGGCAAGCCGGCGGUGACGCCGGAGUCAGUGAUCAACCUCGACCACGGUGACCCGACCAUGUUCGAGGAGUUCUGGCGCGGGACGGGGGCGGCGGCGGAGAUCGUCAUCCCGGGGUGGCAGACCAUGAGCUACUUCUCCGACGUCGGCAACGUGUGCUGGUUCCUGGAGCCCGGCCUCGACCACGAGGUGCGCCGGCUCCACCGCCUCGUCGGCAACGCCGCCGUGGACGGCUACCACGUCCUCGUCGGCACCGGCUCCACGCAGCUCUUCAUGGCGGCGCUCUACGCGCUGUCGCCGCCCGCCGCCGCGCCCAUGAGCGUCGUGUCCACGGCGCCAUACUACUCGUCCUACCCUGCCGUCACGGACUUCCUCCAGUCGGGGCUCUUCCGCUGGGCCGGCGACGCCAGCUCGUUCACCGGCGACACCUACAUCGAGCUGGUGUGCUCCCCGAACAACCCCGACGGCACCAUCCGCGAAGCUGUUCUCUCCUCCGCGUCCGGCGUCGCCGUGCACGACCUGGCCUACUACUGGCCCCAGUACACCGCCAUCACCAAGCGGGCCGACCACGACAUCAUGCUCUUCACCGUGUCCAAGAGCACGGGGCACGCCGGCACGAGGAUCGGGUGGGCGCUGGUGAAGGACCGCGACGUCGCCAGGAAGAUGACCAAGUUCAUCGAGCUCAACACCAUCGGCGUGUCCAAGGACUCGCAGCUGCGCGCCGCCACGGUGCUCCGGGCGGUCUCCGACGCCUACGAGCUCCCGGCGGCGGGGGAAGAGCACCGCCGCCUGUUCGACUACGGCCGGCGCAAGAUGGCGGAGCGCUGGAGCAUGCUGCGCGAGGCCGCCGCCGCGUCGGGCAUCUUCAGCCUGCCCGACGAGACCUCCGGCUACUGCAACUUCACCAAGGACAUGGCAUCCACUAACCCUGCGUUCGCGUGGCUGCGCUGCGACAGGGAGGACGUGGAGGACUGCGCGAGCUUCCUCCGGGGGCACAAGAUCCUGACCCGGAGCGGGAGCCAGUUCGGGGCGGACCCGAGGUACGUAAGGGUCAGCAUGCUGGACAGGGACGACGCCUACGACAUCUUCGUGAAGCGCCUCGCCUCCCUCAAGUGAGGCGAGGAGGAGGACGAACCAUGGAUCGACGAUGCCACCCGGGCCGGCGCCGGCAACGCAUCAUGCCCGAGCGAGCAUGAGUAGAGCAGCAGUAUCGGUAGAGUAGGGAGAAGCAGAGGAGGGGGAGCAACGUUUUGUUUGGCUUUUUUUUUUUCCCUUCUGCUGUGUGCUGCGUUGUUGUUGGGGAUGGAUGCAUGUCGCAUCGUCUCAAAAAUUCUUAUAAAGGUUUCAUUUUUUUCUUGCUACUAAUUGCUAGUAUGUGAGACUGAGCUGACAUGAAAAAAAUUGUAUCGAU